GUAACUUUCCAAGAGCCAAUCCACGAGCGACCCCUCGCUUUGGUCUCCAAGGUAGAGAGACGCCGCAGACGGUGGCCGCUGACCGUCAGGUAGCCCCGCCUUCUCCGUGACGUCACCCGGGUAUAGUAGGCUGGAGCGGAGAGUUUUGGCUUCAGUCAGCGGGCAGAGCUUGGCCUGCUCCUUACACACCAGGGGAGGGGGCUGUUCUCGUGUAACUGUCAGCUCCAUGGAGCUACGAAGCCCUGGUCUCUCAAUGGAAGCAAGGGACGGAGUUCCCGCCUUGCCUGGGGAGGCUGACGAAUACGAGAGCUUACCGGAGGGAGCCUCUCCACUGACGCACAUGGCGGCGGGAGCCGUGGCAGGAAUCCUGGAGCAUACGGUCAUGUAUCCGGUGGACUCUGUCAAGACCAGAAUGCAAAGCUUGCAGCCGGACCCCAAGGCCCAGUACCGAGGAGUCAUGGAGGCUUUGAGAAAGAUGAUCCGCUCUGAAGGGCUGAUGACCCCCUUGCGAGGAAUCAAUGUGACCAUGCUGGGAGCGGGCCCCGCACAUGCUUUGUACUUUGCGUGCUACGAGAAAAUGAAGACUACUAUAGGGGGCUUAAUCAAUCACGUCGGCAACAGUCACGUGGCGAAUGGGGUGGCAGGAAGUCUGGCAACAGUGCUGCAUGAUGCCGUCAUGAACCCAGCAGAAGUGGUGAAGCAGAGAAUGCAGAUGUACAACUCCCCCUACAGGAGCAUGCUGCACUGCAUCCGGACUGUCAGCAGGACGGAAGGAGCGGGGGCCUUCUACCGCAGUUACUCCACCCAGCUCUUCAUGAACAUCCCUUUCCAAGCCAUUCACUUCAUCACCUAUGAGUUCACCCAAGAGCAGCUGAAUCCGCAGCGGCAGUACCACCCCAGUUCUCACAUAGUCUCCGGAGCCAUCGCCGGGGCCGUGGCCGCCGCAGCCACCACACCUUUAGAUGUAUGCAAAACCUUAUUAAACACACAGGAGAACAUGGUCCUCAGCUCUGUCAACAUCAGCGGACAACUUUCGGGCAUGGCCAACGCCAUUAGGACGGUCUACCAAAUUGGAGGGGUAGCAGGUUUUUUCAAGGGCGUGCAAGCCCGUGUGAUCUAUCAGAUGCCUUCUACGGCCAUUGCAUGGUCAGUGUAUGAAUUCUUCAAGUACUUUCUGAGCAAAAACCACCCUUAGGGUCUUGUCACGAGAAGAGGACGCCAUUACUGGUGGAGCCGUAUUGGGGAAUCCCUGUUUUAAACCUGCAGUAGUCUCUCAUGUGUAUAUUUGAUAUUCUGAUUUACAGGCAUCCAUUCCCCUUUUUUUUUUUUUUUUUUUUUUUUU